AUGGCUACGGCCGUCGCCUCCCCUACGUUCCUCUCCUCCGCCUUCGCCCCGCGCCACCACCGCCGCCUGACCCGGCUCGCGGGCCCGCGCCGGGCCGCCCCGGUGGGACUGGCCGUGCGGUGCGAGAAGAGCGACAAGCAGAAGAGGCAGCCGCUCUCCGCGCUCGUGCCCCGCGAGCAGCGCUUCAUGUUCGAGGGAGACGAGCUCUGCGGCCCCGACAUAUGGAAUACAACCUGGUAUCCUAAGGCUGCAGAUCACGUAACCACGGAUAAAAAAUGGUAUGUUGUUGAUGCAACAGACAAGAUUCUAGGCAGGCUAGCAUCCACCAUUGCAGUACAUAUCAGGGGAAAGAAUGAACCCACUUACACUCCCAGUGUGGACAUGGGAGCUUUUGUUAUUGUGGUCAAUGCAGAGAAGGUUGCUGUUUCUGGUAAAAAGCGGUCGCAAAAGCUCUAUAGGAGGCACUCUGGACGGCCUGGAGGGAUGAAAGAAGAAACUUUUGACCAACUUCAGAAAAGAAUUCCAGAGAGAAUCGUCGAACAUGCGGUUCGUGGCAUGCUCCCCAAGGGCAGGCUGGGAAGAAGAUUAUUUACCCACCUCAAGGUAUACAAAGGGGCAGAACAUUCGCACGAGGCUCAAAAACCUGUCCCACUCCCGAUCAGGGAUAAAAGAAUACAAAAAACUGGUUAG